CACCGGGGUCCGCCUCCCGACAGAGGUCCCUGGAGGGGGCCGCCGCGCCGCGAUGCCGAAACCCGCCGGAGCGCAAGAGUCGUCGGCGAACGCCGCGCUCUGCGGGCCUCGGUUUCCGGCCGGGGGCCCCCAAGCUGGCUGCCAUCCCUCGGCUGCAGGGGUGAAUUCGGAUAGAAAGCCUGCGUCGAUUUGGAAAUUAGAAAACCGCCCGACUGGGGAGGCUUUCGGACAGUUACUGGUGGGGGAAAUGGAGACAAGGAAGUGGGCAGCCAGGGGAAACUGGGAAACGAGACCUCUUCCUAGCGGGGAGGUCUUUCUACGUUUUCUUUGACUCUGCGGAAUUUUAUUUUGCAUCCUGCUGUGACGGAGUCAGUUGAUUACUCAGAUACCAUACAGGUCAAACUAUCAACUUUUCAUCCAGCUCUGACGACACACCCUAUAUUUUUCCUUUCCCAAUGUUGGUUUUCGUAGGUUAUGGGUCAUGUUAAAGGGACACCAAUGUUGUGACCGCAUAGUGGCUGGUGGUGGCCUGUAGCUCAUAUUUAGGGUAAUUCUCUGGUAAAAGUACAUCUGUUAGAAUUGGAUUUGUUCUUCUGUGCCUUUAUUUUGGGAAACUUUGCCUGGUCCCUAUGGGGGAAGGGAGAGGGGAAGGGAGAGGAAGUAAGAAGCUGAAACUGACCCAGAAAAGGAUGAUUGAAGGUGGUUGUAUUAAGUGGUCGCGCUGAAAAGAUUCCAUUGUGAACUUUCUGAAAGGGAGAUUGGUGAUUAGCAGCUGAGGUUUUAACUUUCUCCAAAGAAACUUAUUGUAGAUUUUAAAUCCUGUCAUGGGGGAGGGGAGACUGCUUUUUUGGGUCAAGUCUUUUUUAUUUUAAAGCAAGAUAAAUUCAGUACCUGAAAUAUUUCCAUUAUGUACUUAAAAUGACCCUUCUUUCUCCUGCUCCUUGUCUCUUUCUCUCCUUUACCCCUCCUCCCUCAGGCACUCCCCCUCAGCGUUUAUUGUGCAUCCUCUGAGGAUGAAGCUGGCUCAGUCUGAACCAUCUCAGUCUUCCAGGGGCUCAUGGUGACACCUGAAGAUGGGGAUGAGUGUUAUGACAGGGAAAGUUCAAGCUGAAGCUCAGAGAAGCUGUUUCUGAGAAAGUGAGAAAUCAAAGAUGACUAGGAGGCAUGGAUGAUAUUCCACAUAAGUGCUCCCCGCACACCCCCUUCCCCCAAACCUCAGAAGGUGGAGAUGAAUUUUCAAAAUAAAGUGCAGGCUCUAGCAAGUAAACAUGUCACAUUAUAUUUCCUUAAAAUAGAGAUGAAUUUUCCCUUUUAUUAAAGACUGAUUCAAAUGACGAGAUUGUAGGAAAAGGAAAUAACUUUCUAAUUCUCAAAUAUAAAACAGCUUGAAUAAUAACACAUGGAUUUUGAAAUGGGUCAUCUUUUAAAGUGGGUCACUUUGGCUAGAAUCAUUGUACUUGGUGACUUGCAAAUUGUAAAGGCAGAGUUCUUUCUGAGAACCAACUGCACUAGAAUCUACAUAACAGAACAUAGGAUGUGGUUGAAAGAAACUGAGAAAUUCAAGGAGGAAAUGGUCUCUUCUCAAAGUAACAAAAUGUAUCCUUUUUGGAAUUUUGUAUAUGCUCUAUUGAAUAGAUCUAAGAUUUGCAGUUUAUGACACAUUAUACUACCUUUUUUGGACUACUUCUAUAGCCAUUAUUUUAUUCCAUUGUUAGAAUAAUCUUGUGAGGAGAUGCAUACAUUGUAUCUAUGUUCCAGAAAUUGAGGAAUAACAAAUUACUACAAGAGCUCUGCCAUUUGACACAGAAUCUCUGCCAGCAAAGAUUUAGCCAGAACAGUGUAAAUCUAGAAUAUUUUUCUUACAGUAUGCAUAUAUAUAGGAGCUAUAACAAUCUUCAUAUUUAAAGAUGAAAAAAUUGAUCAGGUGAAAUAUAAACUUUGAAUAAACAAAAGUGAUUUUUUACAUUUCAAUGCUGGACAUUAAGAGGCUGGCUUUGAUCUGUAACUUAUUUUUAAGCUUUAUCUUCCAUAGUGAAGGCUUUCACAUUAGAAGCUAGUUUUCUACAGAAAGGAAUGUUCUACCAAGUCUGUAGGCAAUAAGCCCCCAAAAGUCCAAGUUCAAAAUACUAUUACACAGCUCAAGAUCCCCUAAGAUUUCAUAGUUUAUCUCUUUUAUUCCUUUCCUACAAUUCUUUCUACAACUUUUUGAUAGUGCUCUAAGCAAAGUAAGUUUAAACGUUGUCUCAACUUAUGUUUCCUUCUCCAUAAUUUACAGGGCCUUAUUCUUUUGGCAGUGUCAUCGUCAUUGAAAUAUAUUUUUAAGUGCUUGCGGGGACCAUAUUAUUCUUUCCUGUCAAGGAUAAUCGAAGACCAUGUUCAGUAAAUUAGAGAUGAUAAUUCUGUUCUCAGUCUCAGCAAUAUUUGGGAUGUCCAGAUUCCAGGUUGUACAGAACAUUUCCUUACACUGGUUGGAGAUCUACACCAGAAACAUCUCUAAAGCCUUCCCAGCAUCCUUUCUACACAGUGGCCUACUACACAGUCAAGUGGAAACAGUUGAAGAAAUAUAAGAAAAUAAGGUUACACUUAACCUUCACAAAAAGAAGUAGAUGGACUAGCUGCAUGAGGCCAAUCACCGAACUUAAUGAACGAUGCCGGGGUGGAACCAUUUUGAUGUGCCAGUGUCCUCAUUCUACGGUGUGUUCCAUUCUUUUGCAAUCAGAAAAAAUGGUACUAAAAGAAAACGUUUUGUGAAAUAAGAAUCUCCCUAUACAUUUUUAAUGACCAACGUGUAUUAAGAUGGACAUCCUUUCUACAGAAGACAAAGUUCUAUGGUCUUGAAGACACCCAUUUAAAACUGAUCCUAAAUAAAAAUAGACCUGAAUGAUGGUUGUCAGAAUGUUUGUUAGUAGCAGAAGAGUAAAAAUAUGGCAGCUUGUUAAUUUAUUUGCCAUUAGUUCUAUACUAACCUUCAUGUUUUAUUGGGGAACGACUGAUAAUCUCGUUGUGAGCCAUAUGAAGUCCUACUCGUACAGAUACCUCAUCAACAGCUAUGACUUCGUGAACGAUAGCCUGUCUCUUAAGCACAGCAUGGAUGGGGCUACUCGCUAUCAAUACUUGAUCAACCACAAGGAGAAGUGUCAAGCACAAGAUGUUCUCCUUUUACUGUUUAUAAAGACUGCUCCUGAAAACUACGACCGACGUUCUGCAAUUAGAAAAACGUGGGGCAAUGAGGAGUAUGUUCGGUCUCAACUUAAUGCCAACAUCAAAACUCUGUUUGCCUUAGGGACACCUUUUAACCCACUGACCAGAGAAGAACUGCAAAGAAACCUGGUGUGGGAAGAUCAAACGUACAAUGAUAUAAUUCAGCAAGACUUUGUGGAUUCUUUCUACAAUCUUACUCUUAAAUUACUUCUGCAGUUCAGUUGGGCAAAUAGCUUUUGUCCACAUGCCAAAUUCCUUAUGACUGCUGAUGAUGACAUAUUUAUUCACAUGCCAAAUCUUAUUGAAUACCUUCAAAGUUUAGCACAAAUUGGUGUUCAAGACUUUUGGAUUGGUCGUGUUCAUCUCGGUGCCCCUCCCGUUAGAGACAAAAGCAGCAAAUACUAUGUCUCCUAUGAAAUGUACCAGUGGCCAGCUUACCCUGACUAUACCGCUGGAGCUGCCUAUGUGAUCUCCAAUGAUGUAGCUGCCAAAGUCUAUGAGGCAUCACAGACGAUUAACUCUAGUCUUUACAUAGACGAUGUGUUCAUGGGCCUCUGUGCCAAUAAAAUGGGGAUAGUACCACAAUACCAUGUGUUUUUCUCUGGGGAAGGUAAAACUCCUUAUCAUCCCUGCAUCUACGAUAAAAUGAUGACAUCUCAUGGACAUGUACAAGACCUUCAGGACCUUUGGAAGGCUGCCACAGACCCGAAAGUAAAAACGAUUUCAAAAGGUUUUUUUGGUCAAAUAUACUGCAGGAUAAUUAAGAUAGUCCUCCUUUGCAGAUUGACCUAUAUGGACACAUAUCCUUGUAGGGCUGCCUUUCUCUAACAGUACUUGAAUGUUGUCUGUUUUCACUGUCACUGAGCCAAACCUGGACAAAAAACCUUUGUUUGUCUAUAUCCUAAGUGAAAUGAUUAUGAAAAACAAAUAUUUUGAAAGCCCAGUCUAUCAGAAUGUUUCUCUGAUUCUAGAAGCUAUUCAAUGUGACUUAUCUACUUCAUUGCCUAAAUUCAUUUCAAGGAAUUUAUAUUUUAGAAAAGGUUUAUGAAAACAAAACUAAAGGGAAAUUUAAGUUCUCACUUAAUGCCACAUGUAUAUUUGAGGUGUAGAGAUGUUAUUAAGGUGCCUUGGUGUCAGAAUAACUGCUUUUGGAGAAUACCAAGUGAAUGUAUAGUACAACAUUUCAAAGAAAUGAAUAUAUUGUUCAUUGUUCACCAGGUAUACAAGUGUAUAUUUAAGAGCCUUUGACAGAAGUGGUGGGAGCAGGGGAGGAUUGGCAUAGAAGAAAGUACAUGAAUUUGGUAAAAGAAAGUCUCCUUCAGAGGAGAUUUAGGACGAUGUACACAAUUUCUUUAACACAGCCAAACAGCCAAAUCACUUAUUGUCACAUCCAUGUAGCUAUUUUCCCUAGAUAGUGUUGGAGUCAUUUAAAAUACAUUUAUAUCUUUUUUUUAAAGUUUAAUGUGAAAUUUGAGAAGUCAUUAGCUCUGCCUUAAGUGGUACUUAAAUGGGUUUGUUUUGAUUAUUAGGAAAUGACACAAAACAUGGGCAGUUAGUUACCCAUAGGGUCCUCCUCCAGGGAAAAAUCAUUGUUAAUUCAAAUAAGCUGAUUUUAAUUUAAGGAGUUUUUCAACUGGUUUUUAAAUAUUCAAUAUCAGUCUGUUUUUAAGGUAGUUAUUUGAAUGUAGUUUGCACAGAGGAAUAGAAUAAUGGAGAAGAAUUCAAAAGAAAAGAUAGAACAUUAAAAGCCUCUUUCUCCAUAAUUUUUUUCCCCCCUAAAGCCCCAGUAGAUAGUUGUAUGUCAUAGAUGCACAUCCUUCUAGUUGCUGUACGUGGGACGCGGCCUCAGCAUGGCCGGAGAAGCGGUGCGUCAGUGUGCGCCCGGGAUCCGAACCCGGGCUGCCAGCAGCGGAGCGCGCGCACUUAACCGCUAAGCCACGGGGCCUGCCCCUCUCCAUAAUUUAUAAAAUAAAAUUCUUAGUGUCUAAAUUAUUGUAAUAGUUACUGAAUAGUCCACUCCUCCCUAACAAGGUCUCAUAAACUACAGUACUUUGUUCCAAGUUCAGAUUUUAAAAGUGAGAGUAUUAAACAUCAAAUCAAAGCUACAGUAUCUACAAAAAAUCUAUUCUUUCAUCAAAAUGACUAGCAGAGGUGAUGAAGUUGAAGACUUUUCAAUAUCUCAAACUUGAAAGCAGAAUGAAAGUGAUAGAAAAGUUGCCAGAAUGAGUUUUAAUGCAUUUGUAAAGCUACAUGCUCCUUAUAAUCAAAGAGCUGGGGCUGAGAUCUCAUAGAGUCAGUUACAUUUAUUUUACAAAGCAGGAUAAAAAUGUGGCCAUGAUGCAAACAACCUCCUCUCACUACAGAAAGAACUAGGUGAUGUCUAUUGUUAGGGGGAUUAUAUGAAAGCCAAAAUAGUGACUUCAGCAAAAGCAGUUGAACUGAUUCUAAAACCUUUGGCUGCAGAGGCACCUAUUAGGGAAAACUAAGAUGUCUCAUUUAAUUAGAUGAUGUUUGAAACAUGUAAAACAGAACUAAAAAGGAAUUCUCAAUAUACACAACUGGAUAAUGAUAUAUAUAAUUUUUUUGCAGGUAGGUUUUUAAUGUUUACGGAAAUUUUUUUUCUAUUUUGAAAAUUGAAGCUUGUUUACAUUGAUUGCUCAGAUAAUUUAGAAUUUUUAUCUAAUGUCAGAACUACAGUGUCAAACAUUGUAGUCUGUAGUUAUUUUCAGAAUAGGUUCAGGGUUUUUAGAUCAUUACAGUUUAAAUUUUCUGACCAAUUUUAAAAACUGUAGAGAACAAAAGCACAUUUCGACAAACCAAGUUUAUAAUUAAUUUUUACCAGUUGAUUCUUGAAUAACCGUUUGCCUUUUGGCCAUACAUACCCUGUGUAUCUAAACUUGUAACUGUUUAAAUUUGCCAUUGGUUGAAAACAUCAAUGUCUCUGGCCAUCAAAAUGAUCUUGUUUACAGAAAUACUUUUGUGAAACAGUUAUUUAUUUGCAAAAGAGAUCUCCUCAACUGUCUUCAUCUUUUUAUUUUUGCUUAGAAUAGAAUGGAACAUUUAAAUUUAAAGAAAAUAUGAAGGCACUUCCUUUUUUAAUAAGAAGGAAAUUGCCUGAUGCUUCCUUCAUCAGACUUAAAGUACUGAGAAGAAUAUUUGUAAAUAAAUGGAUUCCAACCUUUUACAAAGGAAGGAAAAAACUUUUUGGUGCUCCAACGUAGGGUUGUCUUUUAAAAAUCGUCAACGAAGGGUAAGAUAAACUAUCAGCCUGGUCUGUCCCCUUGAGUAGAAGAUGGUUGUACACAGUGUUAUUGCUAAAAACUUUUUACCUCUUGGUUGGUUUGCAUCUUUUUUCCAUAUUAUUAAUUUUAUACCAAACUGUUAAAUAUUUAUAUUAUUUGAAUUUUGCUCUUGUAUGGCAAAAUAAUUAGUGGGUUUUUAAAAAUAAAUCUAUGAUUUCCAAUAAACAACUUGAAAAUUGUCAACAGAUGUGUAUUUUCACA